AAUAAUAUAUUGUUUUUUUUGUCUGAAAAUAAAUUGCGCGUCACUGUUCUUCUUCUUCUAUCUAAGCGGAGGAAACUCAAAUUGUUACAGUUCACAAGUAAUCUCUUCUUCAAGCUUUCUCUCUCUACCAAUUAAAGGUUUUUGAUUCUUUCAACACAAACCCAAAUCAAUCUUCGUUUCUUCUCUCGUUGUCUACGAUGACCUCGAAGAACAAUGGUUUGUCUGCCGCGCUUGUUUCGAAUCUCCAAGAUGUGCUUUCGAAGAGAAAAGUAGGGAACGAGGAAAAAGUUGGGAGCGAUGGAUCGGCGGAGGAGGCUCCGUCUACAUCUGAUUCCGUUGAUGUUGCGGCGGUGGAGGAAGAGAUCGAUGACUCUAGACCUAUUGUUUUAGUUACGAAUGGUGAUGGGAUUGAUUCGCCAGGGCUUGUUUCUCUCGUUGAGGCUUUGGUUCUUGAAGGGAUUUACAAUGUUCAUGUUUGUGCUCCUCAAACGGAUAAAUCAGCUUCUGCUCAUUCUACGACUCCUGGAGAAACAAUCGCUGUAAGCUCUGUUAGUAUCAAAGGUGCCACAGCCUUUGAAGUUUCAGGGACUUCUGUGGACUGCAUCUCAUUAGGAUUAUCUGGAGCGCUUUUUGCUUGGUCAAAACCAUUACUGGUAAUUAGUGGAAUCAAUCAGGGUUCAAGCUGUGGCCAUCAAAUGUUCUAUUCAGGUGCAGUUGCUGGAGCCAGGGAGGCUUUGAUUUCUGGAGUACCCUCUUUGUCAAUAUCGUUGAACUGGAAGAAAGAUGAAAGCCAAGAAAGUCACUUUAAGGAUGCUGUUGGUGUCUGCUUACCUUUGAUAAACGCAACUAUCAGAGACAUUGCAAAAGGCGUUUUCCCUAAAGAUUGCUCUCUCAAUAUAGAAAUUCCAACAUCACCCUCAUCAAACAAGGGUUUCAAGGUAACAAAACAAAGCAUGUGGAGGCAGAGUCCUAGUUGGCAAGCUGUUUCAGCUAACCGUCACCCUGGUGCUGGGAAUUUCAUGUCCAACCAACAAAGUCUAGGUGCUCAGCUUGCCCAGCUUGGCAGGGAUGCUUCAGCUGCUGGGGCAGCUCGUCGUUUUACCACUCAGAAGAAGAGUAUUGUGGAGAUUGAAUCGGUUGGUGUUGCUGGUAAAACUGAUACCCGUGUUAAGAAAUUCUUUCGUCUAGAGUUACUUGCUAAAGAACAAGAACACACAGAUGAAGAUUUGGAUGUCAAGGCUCUAGAAGAUGGUUUCGUUUCUGUGACUCCAUUGUCUCUACUUCCAAAUAUUGAUUCGGACACUCAAGCCGCAGUAUCGGAAUGGAUCUCCAAAGCCCUUUAACUCUGAUCAAUGAAAAAGGUCAUAAUCGUAAAUUAUGUUACAUGAUUUGGCUAAAACUCUCCCAACAAAUCUGAUUACUGGAUUCUGAAUUUGUUUGUUCUUGUGGUCUUGUUGUCAUUUAACCCAGUUGUUUAUUUUAUUUAUUUGAUCUCCCUACAAGUAUGGGUUGCUCUUGUUGGCUUGUUUGUUUGUCAGUAGCUUUUUUACCUUUGUAAUUGGAAAAAAGGUCGGUCUGCUUUUUCUCUAUUUCGAAUUCAUACAAUUUGUAUUUUUUUUGUAUACCUUUUGAUUGAGAAGAACGAUCUUUUACCCAAAA